UUUAUUGACAGUGGAAGUGAUCUGCAAGGAUUCCAGGAGAGAUACAUCAAUGAAUAUAUCGGUAGGGGUGUUUUCACUGAAGUCCCUUUUGAAAAGGGUGACUUCCUCUUGAUUUACAAGGGGGAGGUGAUAAAAACAGCUGAAGCUGAAAUUAGAGAAGAACGUUACAAAGAGGCUGGUUUAGGAAGCUUUAUGUAUUUUUUCAAAUUCGGAAGUGAAACGAUGUGUGUCGAUGCAACACGAGACGAUGGAAGUCUUGGGCGCUUAGUGAAUGAUGGCGUGAACGGGUCGGACAAUUGUUCAAUGAGAAUGGUUGCGAAGGAAGGGAAGCCAUAUUUGGCUUUAUUUGCCAGCAGGAACAUUGGCAUUGGCGAGGAAUUACGAUACGAUUAUGGUGUUACAGAUCUACCAUGGCGAACAUCUGACAAGCCAUCGAAGGCUGGUCCACCUAAAGCCAGAAUACAUGCAACUGAUAUCAUCCUUGAUGCUGAAGUGGGGGCGAUCAUGACUCAGCCAUCCAAUGGGUCAGCCGAACCGCAUCCUAUUUGUUUGGUCAUCAACACUACCGAAUUGUCUGAUAUUCCAAGUGCUGAAGCCCAGAUUCCCAAUGAUGUGCGCCCUGGAAAAGAUCUUGAUGGCAGUGAAUAUGAGAUGUUAGACACCAACACUCCCAGGGAUAUCACCCAAGUUGAUAAGACAUUAUUGCUUGCUGAAGAAGAGAUCGAUAUAAGAGAAAAUCCAAAAGGUUCAUCGACCCCUGUUCUAACACGGCAAAAUAGAAUCCAAGUCGACAAGAUCCAAAGCCAUCCAGAACCAAUCAUCCCACUGCUGCCCAAUGAGUUCAGAGGCAAUUCUGUAAUUCAGCCAGAUAGUGCUCAAAUUGGAGAAGAUACUGAGAAUACACAAGAACCUAGACCUAAAGAAUAUGCUGAACUCCUGCCAAUAUCUCCAACGAUUUUCAUGGAUCAAAGGUUGCCAAUAUCUCCAACGAUUUUCAUGGAUCAAAGGUUGCAUUCAGACAAUUUGUCACUAAAUCUCUCAGAAUCGGAGUAUGGGAUGAUGAAGUUCGAGCUUGUUUUGACCUUAAAUCAUCAGCAAUACAAUAUUCUAAAUGAAUUAGAGUGA